UCCGGGGCGCCGCGCGUGAACUUUCCCCUCCCCCGGCCCUGCUCGCGGGCUGGAGCUCCCUCCGGGUCUGACAUCCUUUCUGCAGACUUCCCUCACCCGCAGUUCCUCGGGACACGGCCGGGAGGCUCAUCCCCUUGUCCCGAAUUCCUUCCCAGACUAGCCGGAGGCAGCGUCCAGAGCCCCCAUUCCAACAGAAACACUUCUCUCCUGCAGGGGACCCCCCGCCCCACUUCCCGGGAUCCCUCGACAGUCCGCAGGCUCCCCCCCCCCGCCCCCUUGCUCUAGGGGACUCCAAGCCGGGACGCCGCUAUGGACGACAUUUUCACCCAGUGCCGGGAGGGCAAUGCGGUUGCCGUUCGCCUGUGGCUGGACAACACGGAGAACGACCUCAACCAGGGGGAUGAUCAUGGCUUUUCCCCCUUGCACUGGGCCUGUCGAGAGGGCCGCUCUGCUGUGGUUGAGAUGCUGAUUAUGCGGGGGGCACGGAUCAAUGUGAUGAACCGUGGGGAUGACACUCCCCUGCACCUGGCAGCCAGUCAUGGACACCGUGAUAUUGUGCAGAAGCUGCUGCAGUACAAAGCUGACAUCAAUGCAGUGAAUGAACAUGGCAAUGUGCCCCUACACUAUGCCUGUUUCUGGGGUCAAGAUCAGGUGGCAGAGGACCUGGUGGCUAAUGGGGCUCUCGUCAGCAUCUGUAACAAGUAUGGAGAGAUGCCUGUAGAUAAAGCCAAGCCACCCCUGAGAGAGCUUCUCCGAGAGCGGGCAGAGAAGAUGGGUCAGAAUCUCAACCGUAUUCCAUACAAGGACACAUUCUGGAAAGGGACCACUCGCACCAGGCCCCGAAAUGGCACUCUGAACAAACACUCCGGCAUUGACUUCAAACAGCUCAACUUCUUGGCAAAACUCAACGAGAAUCACUCUGGAGAGCUAUGGAAGGGCCGCUGGCAGGGCAAUGACAUCGUUGUGAAGGUGCUGAAGGUUCGAGACUGGAGUACAAGGAAGAGCAGGGACUUCAAUGAGGAGUGUCCCCGACUCAGGAUUUUCUCGCAUCCCAAUGUGCUCCCAGUGCUAGGUGCCUGCCAGUCUCCACCUGCUCCUCACCCCACCCUCAUCACACACUGGAUGCCAUAUGGAUCCCUGUACAAUGUGCUACACGAAGGCACCAAUUUUGUUGUGGACCAGAGCCAGGCUGUGAAGUUUGCCCUAGACAUGGCAAGGGGCAUGGCCUUCCUACACACGUUAGAACCUCUCAUCCCGCGACAUGCGCUCAACAGCCGUAGUGUGAUGAUUGAUGAAGACAUGACCGCUCGAAUCAGUAUGGCUGAUGUCAAGUUCUCUUUCCAGUGCCCUGGGCGCAUGUAUGCACCUGCCUGGGUAGCCCCUGAAGCUCUGCAGAAGAAGCCUGAAGAUACAAACAGACGUUCAGCAGAUAUGUGGAGUUUUGCCGUGCUUCUGUGGGAACUGGUGACACGGGAGGUCCCCUUUGCUGACCUCUCCAACAUGGAGAUUGGAAUGAAGGUGGCACUGGAGGGCCUUCGGCCUACCAUCCCACCAGGCAUUUCCCCUCACGUGUGUAAACUCAUGAAGAUCUGCAUGAAUGAAGACCCUGCAAAGCGACCCAAGUUUGACAUGAUUGUGCCUAUCCUGGAGAAGAUGCAGGACAAGUAGACAAGUCACUGUCUAAAUUCGAGGUGUCAGGACACAGUUAUAGGGGAGUAUGCUUCCCCCAGACAGCAGGCCACCUCGUCGCCUCCCUUGCCUCCAGUCAUGGUACUACCCCAGCCAUGGGGCCCAUUCCCUGCUCCCAUCCCGACCACUGUGGCCCCAAAAGGGGUUGAGCUCAGAGCUUUGUCACUUGCCACAUGGUGUCUCCCAACAUGGGAGGGAUCAGCCCUGCCUGUCACAAUAAAGUUUAUUAUGAAAACA